AUGCGGCUCUGCAUGCCUUCUCAUCAGCUCUGGCUCUGGCUCUGCCUCGGUCUCUUGACUUUGUUCUGCCAAGCCUUCCAGAUCCCGCUCGUUGAUCGCCUGGACCCUCCCGCCUCGCUGCACAGCCCAGCGCCCAUCUCUGCGGAAGCUGCUGGAGGCAAGGCCCGUCUCCGACCCGAGGGUACAUCAUGGAGCAAGUCAAAGGGCACCAACAGCACCGCCGUCGUGUGGGACAGGUACAGCCUUGCCGUCGGCGGCGGUAGCCAGAGGAUCUUUGUCUUUGCUGCGGAGUUCCACCCAUGGCGGCUGCCCGUCCCGAGCCUUUGGCGCGACGUCCUGCAGAGGAUCAAGGCGGCGGGCUUCAAUACGGUCGACAUCUAUACGCACUGGGGCCUCAUACAGAGCAGCCCAGAUCCAGAGACCAUCAGUCUCACGGGCGUCAACGACCUCGACUCGUUCCUAACGGUCGCCAAAGAGGUCGGCCUGUUCGUCAUCAUACGCCCGGGCCCGUACAUCAACGCAGAGACGACUGCCGGUGGCAUGGCGCCGUGGACGACUCGCCUUGAUGCUAUCCUCCGGACCAACGACAGCGCAUGGCAAGAUGCGUGGAAGCCCUACAUCCACUCGAUCGCAAGGGUCGUCCGCAGGCACCAGCUCACCUACGACGCCAGCACCGGCGGCUACGGCGGCGGCAGCGUCAUCCUCGUUCAGGCCGACAAUGAGUACCAUUCCGGACCCACGCAACGCGCCUACAUGCGCACCCUGGUGCGCUCCCUCAAAGAGUGGGGCGUGACGGUGCCCAUCACCUACAAUGAUCCGGACCGAGAGCGCAACUUUGUCGAUCUAGUCGACCUCUACGGCCUGGAUUCCUAUCCGCAGCGCUUUGACUGCUCCCAUCCGGAUCGGUGGGUCCAGCUGAGGACCGACUAUCUCGACUACCACGAGUCCACCAACCCGGCUCAGCCCUUCCUGGUGCCCGAGUUCCAGGGCGGCAGCUACGACCCCUUUGGUGGCCCAGGCUACGAGGCCUGCCAAGUUAUGACGGGCGCCGACUUCUCCAAGGUCGCCAACCACGCCUUGAUUGCCCAGCGGGCCACGCUGCUGUCGAUCUACAUGGUCUAUGGAGGUACAAACUGGGGCGGCUUGGCCGAGCCAGACGUCUACACCUCGUACUCAUACGGCGCCGCGAUCACCGAGGCGCGAAGGCUCACGGCAAAGUACGGCGAGUACAAGGCGCAGGGUCACUUCCUGAGCUCGUUUCCGGACAUUGCCAUGACCGAGGUCCAGGCAUCCGGCGAGGGCCACUGCAUCAUCGACGUCCGACAAGAGUCGACCGACGGAAGCAGACACUCGAUCCCGCCAGCGGAACUCUGGUCGACGGAGCUGCUCAACCCGUCCACCCAGAGCCGGUUCUACAUUGUCCGCCAGCACGACAACACGAGCCAGCGGAAGCUGCGCUACAGCCUCGAGGUCGACACGAUGGGCGAAAAGAGGGUGCUCGGCGUCGUGGGCCAGCCCGGAGGGCCGGGCGAGGCGGGCAUCCUGAUCGACGGCCGCGACAGCCGCAUCAUCCCCGUCGACCAGAGGAUCGCGCCGGGCUUGCUGCUGCGCUUCACCACGGCCAACGUCUUCUUUGCCGGCAGGAUCGGCGACACGCUAGCCGUCAUCCUGUACGGUGGAGCCGAGGAUACCUACCAGUGGGCUCUGGCAGCGACGCCCGAGGCGCGGAUCACCUUCGAAGGUCUCAAAAGGCACGGGGAUGACGGCGCGGCAGCCUGGCAGCUCACGCAUGCGCUCGGCGAGGGCGGCCGGUCUAUCGAGGGGACCUUCCGCAUCGCGCCAGAGAGCCAACGGGGUUCGACCUUCUCGACGGUGCGGACGAAGGAAGGCCUCGACAUCUUGCUGGGCAUCUUCAGCACCGAGAGCGUGGCUCGGUCCUAUGCCCCUUUUGUUCGCUACGCUGUCUCUCAGUCGACCUCAACCAGCGACGAUCAGAACUCGAUCUUCGGCCUCUCCAGCGAUCGCAUCCUGGUCAGCGGCGCCUACCUGGUGCGCAACGCCAGCUAUUCCUCGACGAACUCGGAGCUGGAUACGCUCCACCUCUUUGGCUCCAUGGACGCCGACCAGGAGCCACCGAUCGAAGUCUUCACUCUCCCCUCGGUUCGCCACGUUCUAUGGAACGGUCAAGAGGUCGGCUGGCGCGACAUCGACUCGGUGGGAGGUCACCUUUCGCUCGACGUGCCUGGACUGAGCGACGCCGCCAAGCGCUGUACGCCGCCAAACCUGGCCGAAGGCGAAUGGAGGUACGCCGACUCGCUCCCCGAGGCGUCCCUGUCCACCGACUUCGACGACAGCGCAUGGACGCGGGCGAACAAGACAAGAUCGUCGAACCCGUACUGGAGAGACCGGAAGGUGCAGACGCAGGGCCAGGUCCUCUUUGCGAGCGAGUACGGCUACCACGGCAACACAAUCGUCUGGCGCGGAACGGUGGACGGACGAUCGCUGCCGUCGCGAGAGGUGGGGUUCGAGAUCGAGGUCGAAGGUGGCAAGAGCUUUGCCUUCUCGGUCUACUUCAACAGUGUUUGGCUCGGCAGCGCAGAGGGCGACCGCGAGCAUGCAGCGGCCACGGGUCGCUUCGUCCUGCCGCGUCGGGCGCUCAAGAGGGACGGCGCGAACGUCAUCACCGUGGUUCAGGACCACAUGGGCCUCGAGAUGGAGUACGGCGCGCUGCCGAUCGGCUUCGACGACGAUGAUGAGCGAGAGGAGCUCGAAGCCGUCAAGCUGCCACGCGGUAUCCUCUCGUACUCGUUCUUCGAUGCAGCGGCCGACGCCCCUCGAUCUUCUGGCAAUAUCAGCACGCCGAAAGUCGAGUGGAAGGUGGCCGGCAACCUUGACGGCGAGGCGGGGCCGGAUCGGGUCCGGACGACCUUCAACGAAGGCGGCCUGUACGCCGAGCGUCAAGGGUGGCACCUGCCCGGUUUCGACGACUCUGGUUGGACGGUGCGUUCUCCCACCGCCGGUCUGGACAAGGCGGGCUGGAUCGGCUUCUUCCGCACCGAAUUCUCGCUCGACGUCCCAGACGGCCACGACUUUUCCUUUGCCGUCGUCGUUCCUCCCCACGCUCCGUCGAAGGGGGGCGAGGAGGCGAGGGAAGGAGGCCGGGCCGCCAGCGAGGGCAACUAUCGCUUGCAGAUCUUUGUCAAUGGCUGGCAGAUGGGCAAGCGGAUCAGCAGGCUGGGUCCGCAGACCGUCUUUCCGGUCCACAGCGGCGUCUUGGACCACCACGGCCGCAACACGCUCGGCGUCAGCCUGUGGAGCCUCGGAGAGCGGGACGAGGACCGCAAGCUCGAGGACGACAUCAGGAUCGUCGUCCUGCAACGCGCGACGGGCGAGUCGAGAGACGGCUACGUGCUCGAGGCGCCGACGUGGCGGGACCUGAGGGCAGGCUCGGCGUAG